GGUUCAUGAGAUGUAUGGUACAGUCGAAAUUCACUGAUGUCUAGACCUCUUCAAUGCUACUAUUAUUGGAGGGAUCAAUUUUAGUACCAAUGCACCAAAUGGUUCAAUAAACUCAGAGUCUCUUUUCAUUUGUGAGCCCUACACAUACUAGUUAAAAUUGCAACUCUAAAAAAUUUGUUUCCUCUUAAGACAUAUAUAUGUAGUCAGCUCAUUGUAUUUGAUUCACUUUGUAUUCAAUCCAGAAUAUACAUUUUGGAACUGAGGUAAAAAGCUCAUAAUUGUUGUAUAAGCAAUCAAAAUGGGAUUAAAAGCUCAAAUACUGUCGAGAGAGACCUCGGAAGCUUUGCGGGUCAUAUCAAAAGCCAGGAGCUCCAAAGCUUUUAUCAUCGCAGCAGUCAGCGUUGCGAUAUUUGCAAACACCUUCUUAUACGGAGUAAUAGUGCCGGUCUUACCAUUCGCUCUCACUGAAAGGGCGAGCAUAGCAGCCGACAAAGUGCAAUUCUGGACCUCCAUUAUGCUUGCGGCGUAUAGUGCAUCCUUGAUGGUUGCUGCCCCAAUCUCUGGAUAUUUUGCCGAUAACUCGCGCUCUCGACAAUUUCCGUUCCUCACUGGCCUGGUGGCUCUAUCGUGCGGUACUGUUAUGUUUUGUGCUGGGAAGAAUAUUGGUAUAUUUGUGGCUGCUCACAUUAUUCAGGGGCUCUCAUCAGGCCUUGUGUGGAGUGCAGGACUGGCUCUCCUUAUAGAUACGGUGGGGUCAGACCAAAUAGGUCAAGCCAUGGGGUACGUCGGCAUUGGGAUAAAUCUGGGGGUGCUGCUCUCACCACUGCUGGGUGGGUUAGUUUUCAAUCGCAGAGGUUAUUAUUCGGUUUUCGCAAUGGCAUUUGCUUUGAUUGCUCUCGAUGCCAUACUACGGCUAGCAAUCGUGGAGCGCAAGCCAGCGGCUCAGGCCAGUGGUCUUCCAGAGAAUCAUGAGAGCUGGCAUACAUCGAAUAAUAACAGAGAAUAUCAGGACGUAUCAAUUCAAAACCGCAACGAAGGAGAUAGUCGGCGGAAUAGCUCGACUGGCAAUCGCAGGGUUCCUGCUACUUUCACCCUACUUUCUUCUAAGCGUUUUGCAGUUGCGAUUGGUGUUAGUUUGGUGCAAGCGGCACUCACUUCAUCAUUUGACACCAUUCUUCCACUCUUCGUCCGAGAUACUUUCGGAUGGAGUUCAAUUGGCGCAGGACUUAUAUUUCUUCCAAUUGCGUUACCCGCUCUUGUAAGCCCUGUGGCGGGAUGGAUAUCGGACCGAUAUGGCACGCGUUGGCUGGCGGCAACCUCACUUCUGCUCGCUUGCCCAUUUUUCGUAUGUCUGCGGUAUGUGACACAUAACACCUUAGCUCAAAAGGUACUUUUGGUCGGCCUUCUUUUCUGCACAGGUUUAUGUCUCAAUAUCAUUUUGGCUCCUGCAAUGGCCGAGAUCGCCUACGUGAUCGAAGCAAAGGAGAAGAAAAUGCCAGGUAUCUUCGGCUCAUCUGGUACAUAUGCGCAGGCAUAUGGCCUUUCCUGCCUAGCUUUUGCUGCAGGAGGUCUCGUUGGUUCGAUCUGGGCAGGCAUGAUUGUUGACCGAUCGGGAUGGAGUACUGUAACAUGGACUCUUGGGCUGCUGAGUGUAGUGACUGCUAUUCCAGUAGUCAUUUGGAUGGGUGGUAGGCUUUAGAUGGGAGUAAGAAGAGAGGGAGACGAAGAGACUAUUCAACAGACUUCUUGAGGAGUGUGUAUAUAAUAUAUAUAGGAACUAGAAGUUAUACUACUUCUGUAAGGAUAGUAUACUGAUGGAUUCGUAGAAGCAAACCAAGUAAUUAUGUACUCCA